AACAGCUGUUCAAUCAGUACCAAUUGGUUAGUGUGGAGUCUGUAGGUGUUGGUGUGGAGGUAAAACUCAAUCUGUGAUAAUGGAUAACAGGGUACUGGCGGAUUUACACUUUGAUGGGUUUUGGGACUGGUUUGUGCAUUACACCCCGGUUGAGCCAUUGCUGAAAAAUCAGCCAACAUAUCUGAUAGUUCAAGCUUCGUUUCUUCUGGGCGGCAUUCUCACUCUAUUACAUGCCCUGCGGGGGAGAGGGAGACUACCAUAUCUGUGGCUAGCGACUUUACUGCACGGGUUGGUGGUAGAGUCACUCUGCUAUGUACUGCCCGAUGUUGACAACUUCUGGCACUCUCAGUCUCCACUUAUUUUUCUUGGACGCAGACUUCCUAUACAUAUAAUAUUCCUCUAUCCGUGCUUCAUCUAUCAGGCAUCCAUAGCCGCUGCUCAGUUGAAACUUCCGAGGUGGGCAGAGCCCUUUGCAGUUGGUCUGCUGGUAGUGUUGAUAGACAUACCGUACGACAUUGUCAGUGUCAAGUUUGUUCACUGGUCCUGGCAUGACACUGACCCCAACAUUGCGGACCGUCACUACUGGGUGCCUUGGAACUCUUACUACUUCCAUCUCACAUUCGCAGCUAGCUUCACAUUCUGGUUCCACACUGUUCGCAAAUGGCUUGAUCGCAAAACUGCUAAAUGGCAAUCCUCCAGAUUUGGAGCGGAGUUUCUAACCAUGAUACUAGCCGCAGUCCUAGGUCCUUUGGGAGGGAUAGCACUGUUUGUUCCGAUAUACCACCCUCUCCACGACCUCUACAAAAUCCACUCGGAGGUCACCUUCUUUAUACUCUUCUCUAUUGCUUUACUCCUGGCUUGGUCUGGCGAGAAAUAUCCAGCCAAAGAUGGAGAAGUCCGGUUAAGAUGGAGAUGGCUGCCUUUGCUGGCUCUCCUGGUCCAUUACUUGGUGUUCCUCAGCCUAGUCAUCUUUGGUCAGCCUGAGAAGGAAAUUUCUGUUGGUCUUCACGAACCCAUCGGACCUUGCAAUCUCACUCGGCCUGUCCAGACAAUAUUAGGGGUAUUGAGUAAAAGAGAGUUUCUGUGUGCUAAAGACUACGAUGAAAGUUACUACGACUUCCACUGCGCACCAGGAGGUGUACCGAAGGGCACAGCCAAGUGGUACACUAUAUGCGGAACACCCUUCCAGAACCGUCCUGAAUACAUUGCUGUGAUAUCCACACUCACCAUGUUGGCCCUUGGAAUCAUCUCCAACAUUUACUUCAAGUCUAAAAAGGACACUCAAGACACAAGGACUUUAAAUGUGAAAAAACAAAAGUCUCACUAAGUGCAAUUAAAGAUAAGUUAUUUUUUGUAAUAAUUGUUAGUUGUUGUUUUAAUCCUUAUCAAGUUGAAAAUUAGUGGAGAUAUAAUCAUCAUUAGUGGUAAAUCAUCUUUAUUAAAUAUAGCUGACUGAAAAAGUCAGCGGUAAUAAGUUAAUUGUGUCUUUGUAUAAAAAGUAAAAAGCCGAGUCUUGUAAUUUUUGUUUUUGGAGAAGAACCAGUCGAUAUCCUUAGUUUCUG